AUGGAUAUGGGUGAAAACACUUCACAGGUAGGUGUGUCUAUCUACGGGUAUCGGGUGCGCUAUACCCAUCGAUCUAGGACCUUGCUGGUUGACGUUUGUGCACCCCUCAGUAAGGCUGUCUGUAAACAGAUAUGUUCUGGGCUGGAAAAUCUGAUCACCAUGGUGUGCAGCUUGUCAGGACAGAGUUGCCUCCCUUUCUUAUCCAUCAUGACUCUUGGAACACAUCCAGAGGUUUUACUCCCUUUACAACAAGUGAGAGGAAAUUUCUGCCAGCUACAGAGUGCAGUGAAAGAGAUAGAACGGGUGUUUGAGGAGGAAAGGGUGGCAUGUGUUAGCAGAUUAACAGACACCUGCCUGGCUCAGGCACUACAAGAUAUCUCUGAUCAGUUUGCACCUCAAAGCAAAACCAUGACACAGACGAAAGGUGAAUGGUGUCAGCUAGAGAUUGUGGUCAUAAGUUGUCAGGAGGGUCAGAGGCUAAGCAGACAGGUAGAGAAGAUAAUGUCCUCCAUCCAACUAGACAACCUGAAGGUAAGUCACUCUACUACACGCCUCGCAUACAGACAGGCGAAUGAUGAGGGUCAGAGGCUAAGCAGACAGGUAGAGAAGAUAAUGUCCUCCAUCCGACUAGACAACCUGAGGAGGAUACAAGUGGUAUCAGUGUUGGAGGAUUUGAUGCUGCAGGAGGAUGAGGCAGAGUCAGCAGGCAGCCAGAGAAGCAGCACAUCUGAGGCAUCUUCUGAGUCAGCGGGGCUGGGCAUUAUUGUGGACACUGUGCACAUUGACAAUGAUAGCCUGAGUAUACAGAACUAUUUUGCCAGUUGGCUUAAAGACAUGGCGACAGACAGGGAGCAUUUACAUAUUAGUUUACCUCCCCCUGGCCCAGGUACAGAGACACUUGUACUGAAGUGUGACCUCCAGGACAGAUUAAUCAACCCUCAGCUUCUGCCUGGCUUGUCGCUUGGUUUAGAGACCCAAACACUGGGUCCUCCAUCCAAGCCUACCCAGCUAGGUCCAGGUAAGCACAGCCCCGAUCUCCCCCUGUAUCACAUCACAGUACAAAAGAUGCUACCAGCCAGUGCCCUGUGUGAGUCUGUCGUCUUUGGAAUGCCUCUAAUAGUGCAACCAACCUCAUGCUGGAAGAUAGACUGGGAGGAUUUGGAACAAAACCAACAGGUAUUCCAGAGCCUUUGUCAGGUUCUCAUAGAUAAGGACAUGGUAUUAUUGGGUUCCUCACUCAUUCCAAGCCUGCGUCAGAAGGCAGUGUACCAGACUGUGGCGACCAGUGAGCGGAGAGAACCCACUGCUUGGUUUGUCAUUCUGCCAGCCCGAAGUUCCCUCUUGAUUAAGUCUGUAGCUGUUAAAGAGCUGAUGCUGCCCUCUAAUGAAAGUUUUCAGAUACACAAGCCAGAUGAAGAAAGUAGGAGAAUGGUGACAGAUUCUUUACAGCAGCUGGAGAUUAUUGGCAUCUAUAAUCCGCUGUUAGUGAGCUCUGGUCUGUACGAUGUCCUCAGGUCCCAGUAUAGAAAAAAUGACGGUCGGUCCCACAAGCAGUUCAACUUUAAGUCACAACAGACCCCUUCCUUAUGUGGGAAGAGCAGUGAGGCGAGGACUCGUUUGCAGCCUGGAGCUCCUAUGACCUUCAAACAUGCCUAUCCUCUAGGAUCUCUGCCAUCAUCUCACGCCUCAUUCCCAACAAAAUUGUAACAGAUCUGCAGAACUGCAACACACUGCACUGCAAGACUUGGUAGUACAACUCUACAUGUAGGUUGCUUAACUGCAAGAUUUGGCAGCAGAGCUGUAACAUGCUUUACUGCAAGAUUUGACCUCCCACCUGUCACAAACUUCAGUGUAAUAAUAUCACUGAAGAAAUGUACUUAGUGGAAGAUUUAGCAGUCACAUUAGUUUUGUGUAAAUAAUUAAGACAAAGACUGGUAUUAAGAUUUGAGUGUGGCUUAACAUCCAUAAUUACAUGUGUGAACAUCCUGCCCGAGAACAGUAGAUGGAUUUGAACCACCUGCCCAAGAACAGUAAAAGGAUUUGAACAACCUGCCCAAGAACAGUAAAAGAAUUUGAACAACCUGCCCGAGAACAGUAGAUGGAUUUGAACAACCUGCUCAAGAACAGUAAAAGGAUUUGAACAACCUGCCCGAGAACAGUAGGAUUUGAACAACCUGCCCAAGAACAGUAGAAGGAUUUGAACAACCUGCCCAAGAACAGUAGAAGCCUCCGGAUGUCCAAGUUCUUCAUACUACAAAUGACUGCUUAUUGACUGCUACAAAUGUACAUAGAUUUGUAAUUGUGUGAUGGUAUUCAGAGUAAAUGGGUUAUCUAGAGGUGAAAUCUGUCACAAAGCUCCAUCCCAGAUGAACCCUGAACCAGCACCUAGUCUGCCAGUGAUGAAAUCCUGCUGACUUGCAUGUACCACAGUUCUACAUUCAGCAUGGUUGUAAAAAAAGUCAGCCUUGCCAUAACUUUUAUUUUAAAUCUUUCUAAGUUAAUAUCUAUUUAGUUGGAUGGAGAUGUACACCAUACUCAAGAAUAUUAUACACUGUAUUUAUAUGAUGUUAAGUCAGGUUUGGAUGGAAAUAAGAGGUUCUAACCCAAGGGGAAAAGCAUUAUGCACCUGGCCCAGUGUAACCAAAUUUCCACUCCACGUCCAUUAGACCAGUGGGGGCACCAUGUCCCAUUAACUGUGACACAUCUUUAAAGUGAGGUUAAUCUGUACAUCCAUUUUACAAGGGUUAGAGGUCAUGUCUGGCUAACUUUAAGAGCAUUACAGUGAGGCUACACUGUACAUCCAGUUAACAAGGAUUAGAGGUUAUGUCUGGCUAACUUUGACAGCAUUACAUUGAGGCUACACCGUACAUCCAUUUGACAAGGGUUAGAGGUCAUGUCUGGCUACCUUUGACAGCACUGCAGUGAGGUUACACUGUACAUCCAGUUAACAAGGGUUUUGGGGUCAUGUCUGGCUGUGACAUAGCGUUACAAUGAGGUGACACUGUACUUCCAUUUGACAAGGGUUAGAGGUCAUGUCUGGCUAACUGUGACACAGCAUUACAGUGAGGCAACACCGUACAUCGAUUUGACAGUGGUUUGGGAUCUGUCCAGCUAAAUGUGACACAGCGUUACAGUGAGGCUACACUGUACAUCCAUUUUGACAACGGUUUGGGGUCUCUCCAGGUAACUGUGACACAGCACUACAGUGAGGCUACCCUGUACAUCCAUUUAACAAGGGUUAAAGGUCAUGUUUGGCCAACUGUGACAUCAUUAGAAUGAGGCUACACUGUACAUCCAUUUGAAGGGUUGGGGGUAACAUAUCUGGCUAACUGGCCAGUGUUACAGUCAAGCUACACGGUACAUCCAGGUAAUAAUCGUUUGGGGCCAUGUUCAGCUAACAGUGACACAGCAUUACAGUGAGGCAACACUGUACUUCCAUUUGACAAGGGCAAGAGGUCAUGUGUGGCUAACUGUGACACAUCGUUACAAUGAGCCUACACUGUACAUCCAUUUGACAAUGGUUGGCUGUCAUGUCUUUCUAACUUUGACACAGCCUUACAGUGAGGCUACUUUGUACAUCCAUUUAACAAGGGUCAGGGGUCAUGUCUGGCUGUGACACAGCAUUACAAUGAGCCUACAUGGCACAUCUGUGUGAUAAGCUGAGGUUCAGAGGUCAUGUCUGGCUAACUGUGACACAGUGUUACAGUGAAGCUACACUUUACAUCCAUUUGACAGAGGUUAGGGGUCAUGUCUGGCUGUGACACAGCAUUACAAUGAGCCUACACGGUACAUCUGUUUGAUAAGCUGAGGGU